AUGACGUCGUUCGUCGAAGGGCUAACCAGCCCUGAGAUGGAGAUCGCAGAGGGUGGAGUUAUAUUGGAUAAUAGAACAAGAUUUGCUGAUCUGAAAGUAAUGUUGGAUAGCAACAAGGAUAAUUUAAAAGUAGAUGCUAUGAAACGAAUUAUUAAUCUAAUUGCUAAAGGAAAAGAUGUCAGUGAACUAUUUGCGGCUGUAGUCAAAAACGUGGCAGCCAAAAAUGUCGAGCUAAAAAAACUAGUCUUCGUCUAUCUGGUGCGAUACGCCGAAGAGCAACAGGAUCUCGCACUUCUCUCGAUUUCCACAUUCCAACGAGCCCUCAAAGACCCGAAUCAGUUGAUACGUGGGAGUGCUCUGCGCGUAUUGACGUCAAUCCGUGUUCCGAUGGUUGCUCCUAUUAUGCUUCUCUCGAUCAAAGAUGCCGUCCGAGACAUGAGUCCAUACGUACGGAAAGUUGCAGCUCACGCUAUACCGAAGCUCUAUUUACUGGAACCGGAACUGGAACCUCAGCUGGUAGAUUGCAUCGACUUCCUCUUAGCUGAUAGGAGAAGUCUGGUGUUGGGAAGCGCUGUGUAUGCAUUUGAUGAGAUCUGCCCGCAUCGACUUGAUCUUCUUCACAAACACUUUCGAGCUCUAUGCCGCGGAUUGGCUGAUGUGGAUGAAUGGGGUCAAAUUGUGAUGAUAAAUAUGCUCACGAGAUAUGCAAGGAAUGAAUUAGCCGAUCCGGAUAAGACACCACCAGAUACAGAUAUUGUUCUUCUUCUGAACUCGGCUCGCCCCUUGUUACAAUCUCGAAAUUGCUCAGUCGUGAUGGCAGUGGUACAACUGUUCUACCACGUGGCUCCCAAAGCUCAGCUUUCUCAAAUUGCUCGCGCCCUGGUUCGACUUCUCCGAGGGCCUCGUGAGACGCAAUACGUGGUGCUGACCAACAUUGCAACGAUCUGCGAACAGAAUCCGGUAGCGGAGGGAACUUUCGCCAUCUCAAAAACUAUGUUCGAUCCUUUCCUCAAGUCUUUCUUCGUUCGUUCCUGCGAUAGUUCCCUUGUCAAACAGCUCAAACUACAUGUGCUCACUAGUUUGGUAUCUGAAGCAAAUGUCCAUAUUAUUUUGAGAGAGCUACAGACAUAUGUUCACAUGUCAGACCUAGCAUCACCAGCUGUGGAAGCGAUUGGAAGGUGUGCAGUAAGAGUUGGAGCAGUAUCUGAUCAAUGUAUGACCGGACUCGUCCAACUGAUUUCGUCUUCUGAUGAAAAAGUGGUUUGCUCAGCAGUUGUGGUUAUCAAGAGGCUCUUGCACGCAUCCGCACCAGUUAAUCUUCUUUCCCGACUCAUGAGACUUAUGCCGAAAAUGGUUGCUGCUCAGGCAAGAGCGUGUGUCAUUUGGCUAGUGGCAACUCAUGUUGAUCAAGUCAUUCAUAUGGCUCCAGACCUUCUCAGACUAAUCGCAAAGAAAUUCUCGACUGAAAACGAAUUGGUCAAAUUGGAAGCUCUAAAACUGGCCGUCAAGUUGUGGCUUGUGAAACGGGACGAUUCCGAAAAAAUCGUUCAGUACGUCUUCCAACUAGCUCGUUUUGAUCUCAGCUACGACGUACGUGAUCGAUGUCGAUUCCUGCGAAAUUUGAUGUUCAACACUGAAAUUUUAUCUCAACACAUGGAAGAGAUUUUCAUGUCGAAAAAGCCGGCUCCUGAGUUAAUCAGUAGUUUCAAGGAACGAGAUCAAUUCCAAUUGGGAUCAUUAUCACACGUUUUGAAUCAACGAUGCACCAAAUACAUUGAUCUUCCGGAGUUCCCUGCGACUUCUAGUGAUCCAAGUUUGAGAAAAGAGGCUCAUGCACCAAAUGAGCUGAAGCUGGACGACAGUGAGGAAGAGGAAGAAGAUGACGAAGACGAGGAAGAAGAAGAAGAAGAGGAUGAGGAAGACGAAGAGGACGGUGAGGAUGAGGAAGAAGAUGCUGAGGAAGAAUCUGAAGAAGAUGAAGACGAAGAUGAAGAGGAAGAGGAGAGUGAAGAAGAAUCAGAUGAGGAAGAGGAGGAGGAAGACAGCGAACCAGAGGGGAAACCCAAGAAGCAUGUGAAGAAACAGGUUGAGGUGAAACCAAAAGCCGUGAAUGGUAAAGCAACGAAACCAGAAAGUAACGCACUCGAUCUACUUAUUGACGUGGAUUUCUCGGCAGCUGGAAGUCGUCAAAUCAUGGAUGCGUCCUAUAUUGAAGAGAAAGAAAUCGAAUUGCUGAAUGUGAUUGAGGGCAACGGAUUGGUGUUAGCUAUCUGUUAUCCAAGACUUAACGAUGGACAAUAUACCGCGAUCCGAUUUGGAAUCGCUAACAAUUCAGAGAAGGAUAUGGAAGGUGUUGAAUUGAAAUCAAAUGAGGGUCUCGAUGUGAAAGGCAACGCUAAAGUUGGGGAUAUUCCUGCUGGAGCCCGAGUUUCUGUAAAUUUGCUGGUUGAUCUCGGUGACAGUGCCACGAGUCGUGAAUGGAUUUUAUCAAGAGGCGACGGUCAUGAGAAGAAUUUCCGGUUUGAGGUCCCAUAUGGUGAACAAGUGCAGCCUAUUAGGCUCUCUUCUGAAGACAUUUCUAAAGAACGAAGCCGUCUGGGAGGACUGAAUAAACAUGUUAUACAACUUGAAAAUCCAGUCAACCCAUCCUCGAUUCCUCGAUUUGUCAACGCCUACUCCAGCGAUGAAUGCUCAAUCUUCACCUGUCAGACGCGUUCACGAAAAGAUGUUUGCAUCCUGACGCUUUCCGAUAAAUCAAUUGAAUGCUGCUGUGACAACUCAGUUAUUGGACGAAUGCUGGCGUUCGCCGUUUCAAAAAAUUGCUAG